CACUAACUUACCACAUUUAAAGAAAGUUCCCGGGGAAAGUUAUGGCGUCCUAUACGGACUACUGACUACGCCAAGAGAGAAUAAUCUAUCGCUUCACUGAUUGUUCUUCCUGUUUUUCUGAGAAUUGAAGCCCCGACUACAAGCCAUUAUGUCAUGUCAGUAAUAUUUGCAACAAAGUCAUGACGUUGCAACUUCCGAGCUUUUCACUAGGCAGGCAUCUCAGUUUCUACCGAAGCCCAGACCGUGACCUGAAAACUUCAAAGGUAUUGUAAAACGAUAAGAGUAACAAAUUUUUUAUUGUUUAGGAGGUCCUUAUUAUAAGUGUGUGUGUAAAUUUUCAUAAUUUUUAAUCGCGUCUGCCGACGUUUCGCUCGAAUUGCCUUCGACACUAUUACCGCAGUUAGUCGAAUCUUGACCUGUGUGCCAUGAAUCAAACUAAAUAUAAAAUUGUACUUAAAGAUCCUUAAGACGGAAUUACCAAUCACUUUAGAUAUAAAAAUGCAUUUGCACUUAGAAAUCAAGCGACCGUAAUCUCUAGUUUGCACUUCUUCGCAUAAACUAAUUACAAGGAACCAUUUCAACCAAGAGCUACUAUACACUAAGUCGUAAGUAAUUUAGAAGAAAACUGUUAGUAAGAAAGAGAUUGAAGAGGUUCAAGCCAUGGAGAGAUUCCGACAAAGACGUCGACAAUACGAGAGCUUUUUAGAUUCAAAUUAUUAUUCGGUAUAAAACUGUUCUGAAGUGAGCGUAAUUAUUAGAGCCGGAUAUCUCAACACUGAACAGAGAUCACGCGAUCGCUUAUUUCUUAAGAUCGUUCGAAUUCAUUGACUAUUAUAGCCAUUUACCUCUACUGGCAGCUCUCACAAGUGCUUUUUUGUGUAAAGUAGGAAGCAGAAAAGAUCAGAAAAAGCGGUGACUCGGGUACAUAUUCGGUAAUCUGUGAAUUCUUUAUCACUCUAUCAACCUGGUAGAACGCUACGAAAGACGUCAUGGCGCUUAGUGAAUAAAUGAUUGGAGGGGUAUUGGUACGGAAGACAAGCUUGUCUUUUUACCCUAAAAAAUUGUUUAAAGACGUAUCUAGUUCGGUUAUGUUAGCCUCAAACGGUAAGCCAAAAUAAAGUUUUAUUCUGGCUUGUCAUUAGAAACGUGACUGAUGGGCCAUAUAAAGUUUCGACCCAAAGAGGUUAGUUACAUGGGCAGUUUGCUGAUAUCUUUGGAGUGAUCAUUGUAAUUAGGAAGGUAUUUAUAAACGGGACUGUAACCAAUGUAAGUUAAAUAUUCCUUUCUAUACAAACUCAUUUUAUCUAGCUGUUUUUUUGUCAGUAUUUGUAUCAUUUUACCAUACGUUUUUGGCCACGUGGCUCAAGUAAUGUUACCGGACAAGAGAUAAGAGAUGAUUUUAUUUAGUUUAUUGUUUUUUUUUUCUUUCUCGCGCUUAACGCAGGUUGGCCCUCUAAUGGACGAUUCAAGUUUGAUGCCGUUCAAAUUGAUUUUUGCUAGUAGGUCUUAUUCGAGGCACGGCAGCUUUUACCGGCAUGUCCAAUUGUUUUGGCUUGUCACUGGAAAAAAUCUGCGCCUUCUUUCAAAUUUGCGUGAUUAUUGAGUGUUAGUCCACACAAUUUCCUCGAUUUUGUUGAUAUUAGUCAUUUGUGUGAUACGUGACUUGGCCCCGGAACAAGAAACACCUGGGAAAAAAAGGGGGGGUAGAUUUAAUUUACACUAGAAUAGAUUUAUCCGCAUUCUUGACCUGAUCCGAAACAAAUUCUACGUGUCAUGUGUGAAUUCGAAAUAGAAACGUUCCUGCCUCCUCUACGGGCUUUUCCAAGGCUCAGUGGGGAGAACUAAGCGAGAGAAGAAAGCGAGUAACAAAACGCGAGAAGCGCGAGAGGAGGAUGAUGAGGACGAGCACAGAGCGUGAGCGGGGAAUCGUAAUAUCCCCCAAAAAGUGGUCGCGAACGACUGGGGACAAGGCAGGAAACGUUCAAUCAGGUUCGGUCGCGUUCCCAGAGAUGUUGAGUCCGACAUCUAAGCUAGAACCCAGGAAUAUUUUGUAACCGAAUGAAUGUUCUCGGAUUUAUUAAUGACAUGUAUAAGCGCCUGCGAGUUGUAAUAAAUCGCAAACAGACUUGUAUAUGAAUCCUGACCAAACCUAGUGUAUUACUAAACGAAGUCGAAGUCAAAUAAAUUUAAAAAAAGAAACAUUUUACGAAUUAGUAGGGUCUGGAUGGGGUUAACUGACAACUAACAAAUUGCCAAAAUUUUACGAACAGACAAAUUGCCUAAAAUUUAACCGACAACUGACAUUUACCUUGGGUUUUACUGUCAACUGACAAAGGACCUGAUUGUUCUCUAUUUUGUACAAAACCCAUUCUUAAGGCCUUUUAAUAAUAUUGUUCUACCCCUUUUCGUCAGACAAUGUGAUCAAAUGUACGCUUAUAUGGAUAAUCUUAGCAGAAGGACGCUUAAGGGGCAAAUUUCGUUAAUGAUCUACCGUAAAACCCAUCAUGUGUCAAGGAUCAUCCGUUGGAAAUGGUUUAUGAUCUUAAAUUUACGCUCAUCUGAGAACGUGCUAGCAUACACGUUCGCUGCAAAUGAAGGCGUUAUAAAAACAAUCGUAAAUUUUUACCGAGAUGAUUCAGAUACGGUCUUUCUCUGUCUUUCUCGUGAUUUACGUCCCAAUAUUCCGAAGGUAUAAAUUUUGAUUGGCUUAAUGGUUGCAUAUGUUGGACUCUGGCCAGCAAAACGUUUGCGUGGACGAGAAUAACACAAGACUUGAGAAAUGGAGGGCCACUUGAAAUGCUUUCAAUAGCAAAACCGAUAGAAAUUAAGGUACUAUUGCAUCAGUUUUCGCUUUUAAUGUUCAAUUUACAUUAUAUAUUCCUUUUUACAGUGUUCUUACCAGACCGCAGCAUUUCAGUAUUGCCACUUUUUUUAGGGAAAUGCCGCACUGUAAUUAGCUCGAGGGGUCCCAAGAGCGCAAAGAAGGAAAACAAAAAAAUACUAAGACGCUUUGGGAGCUUUCUUUCCGGCAUGCUUUUUACCUUGUACGAGUCGUUCGCAUCGCAGACAUUCGCUUCGCUUGGCUUUUUUACUUGGCUUGUCUACGUUUGCACGUAUUGCGUGCCUAUUGCGACUUUGAUUCAAAAUAAGCGAUCUUGAUUACUCUUUUUGGGUGAAGCCCAAAUAAAAAGAAACGUAAGUAAACAUUAACUGGUUAUGGCGUCUUUAGAAAACACCCAAUCAGCAGCGUCCAUAAAAAAAUAACGACUUCUGCACAUGCACAUGUGUGAAAUGAUGCGUUCUGAAGCUCCACUAUCUUGAAGGAUGUACUCAUAUACCGAGGCCCUCUUUUCUCCCUCGUAACCCCCAUUUAUCUUCUCUCUAUGGGUCCUGUGGACCCCAGUGAAGAAAAUCGUGCUAAGGACGCUGCUUUUUAACUAAAUGAACCGUCAGUUUCAUAGUUAAUUAUUAAUAAUCAUUUGACUGACAACUGACAUUUGUACCCCAUAUAUUUUUUGCUAUAUUUUCGUUGGCUUAAUAGUGAUACCAUGGUAACGUGACGUCACACUUUUCCUCUCUAUUUAGGUUUCUGGGAAACUGCCCACUUACUUCUCACUUAAGGCAAAAUGUUGGGUUAGGGGAGGGCUAGGUGGGCAGUUUCCCAAAAACCUAAAUUGAUCCACGAUUUAGUUAAGAAAAGAAUCGACGAUUUAACGGAAAACUGCGCGAUGAAAUUUUAGUUGACGUCCCCAGGUCCCCAUAGCGAGAUUCACUUUCAGGAUGCAAAGCUGAUUUUUUAAAGGCACCUGAAAGGAUCUUGCAAAUAAUGGCCCUGGUUAAAAGACGUUACAAUUCAAGAGAAAAGAUGACAGGCAACAUGAUGCCAUGAUAACAUUGUAAAAUAAAACGGAAAAAGUGAACAUUUAAAUCAAGAUUGACAAAAAACGAUUCAUUAAUAAAUUUGAAAUAAAAAUAUAAAAAUGUUUUUUGUAAACGCUAGCUUUUGCUAAAGUAAGAGCUUAAAUAGUAUAAGGUAUACUUCUUCUAUCACUAUAUAGUUAUCAUAUUUAUUACGGUAAUAAUUCCAAUUUUUUAUUUAGAAAUGUCAAACACACAAAGCCCCAGUGAAUCACCUGUCGUCGCUGGCAGCAGCAGCACCAGCAACAACAACACCAACAGAAAGCUACCAGAGAUUGAUUACACCAAGCUGCCAGCCGGGAAAGAGCUGAAGACGAAGGAUCUUCCUGCAUUCAAAGACUGGCGGCCUUGGGACACAGAUAAACUGCCAGUCGAUAUUUUGUUGCUGACAGUAGUGGAUUGCGAAUUUCUGGCCUGUGCUCAUUAUUUGAAACCGGGAUUCUAUACAAGUUAUCACGAGAAGCUUGGGCCUGUGUAUUUUGGGGAAAUUGGUGAAGAGGGGCAAGAUUCCUUGAAAAUUGCCCUAUAUAAAAGUCCAGAUAAGGGCCCUAUUGAAGCUGCCAUUGUUGUGAAAAAUACCGUUGAAGUCUUAAAACCCAAAGCUGCAAUUUGGGUAGGAUUUUGCGGUGGUUUAAAGGAAGACAAACUCAAAUCCGGAGACGUGGUAAUUUCAUCGAAGUUGAGGACAUAUUCCGCUGAAAAAGUGACAGGAGAGGGAACUGUAGAUCGGAAUAUUGCUGUUCCGUCGUUCAAAAAUCUUUUGAACCUCGUUAAAUGCGCGGAUGAAGGCUGGAAGCCACCGUUGAAGGAUGAGGCGGAGCUCGAGGUGAAAGUAGUCAAAAACGGCGUAAUGUUGAGUGGUCCAAAGGUAGUUGAUAAUAAAAAACUACGUGCAGAGCUUACCGAGCGAUUCCCUGAUGCGGAUGCUAUAGAAAUGGAGGGCGAGGGUAAGAUUUUAGCAGCUGAGUCAGUGAAAAAAAAAGAGGGGGUAAGACAAGACUGCGAAGGGUUACGAGGGCGGAGAGUCUCGUACAUAAACCAAUAGCUUGUUCUGGAAAACACACGAGCAGAUAAAAUAACCGGGGUAUUUUUUCCUUGUACAUUCCAGCUAACCCUGGACCAUCCGUUGCCAAAGUUAAACAAUUGUAGUUUUAGAGGAUGAAGAAAUUAACAAUAAAGUCAAAAUUAAGAUUAGGGAUUUCACUUUUUCUUUUCAAGUUAUUUCUUCUCUCGUUUUUCAUUUAUAUAUUUAACAUUUAUUUUCUCCCCGAGCCAACCUUGUACGGUACCCAAUUUCUCGACCCAAAAGUGAAUGCUGUUGAAUUAAUUGUUAUGUUAUGAGAGGCGGUUUAAUAGCCUAGUUUUCGUAUGUCGGGAAAAUUCCAGACGAUCGGGGAUUUUACACGACCGUCCCAGAUUUUGGCGACUAAUGAAAAUACGUUUGCUUGGCACCUGUAGUUGAUUGCGUAAUUGUCCUUGUUCUUUUCAGGUCUCUACGCAGCGGCACACGAACUGAAAAUGGAAUGGGUCGUUAUUAAAGGAGUUUCUGACUUCGCAGAUGGUACGAAAUCUAGCUCAGAUCACUGGAGAUCAUUCGCGAGUUUUAUGGCAGCUUCUGUAACUGCUCACAUCCUCAACAAUCCCAAUACGUUCAAGAACUGGCCUCAUUAUGGUGGUAAGUACAAACAAUGA